AUGGCGACACAAAAUCCAAUUCAGGAAGUCCAAGAAUCGGAAAAUAGUGAUCACCUUAUAAUAUCGCAAGAUCCCCAACAUCCUGCCAAUCUAAUCCCAGAACUAUGCUCUAAAUUCUGGCAUUUAGGAUGGGUAACCGGUACAGGAGGAGGAGCCAGUAUACGCAACGAUAAUCUAGUUUACCUAGCGCCAUCCGGAGUCCAAAAAGAACUCAUGAAACCAGAACACAUCUAUGUUCUCGACAUAACCGCACAAGUUAACCCCAAACAGCGCAUCUACCUCCGCUCACCGCCCAAUCUCAAACCCUCGCAAUGCACUCCCCUCUUCAUGGCGGCCUUCACUAAGCGCAACGCAGGAUGCUGCAUCCACACGCACUCACAAUGGGCAGUCCUCAUAACGCUGCUCCUCGAAUCCGCACCAAACACGACCAUGUUUGAAAUCAACAAUAUCGAGCAAAUAAAAGCAUUUGGAAAAGGUUAUACGAAAACAGGAAACCUGGGAUAUCAUGAUACGUUGCGCAUUCCGGUUAUUGAAAAUACACCCCAUGAGGAAGAUUUGACCGAGUAUUUGGAAGAGGCGAUGGAGAAAUAUCCAGAUACGUAUGCUGUUUUGGUGAGGAGGCAUGGAGUUUAUGUUUGGGGAGAGUCAGUACACAAGGCGAAGACUCAGUGUGAGAGCUUGGAUUAUCUAUUUCAAAUUGCGGUUGAAAUGAAGAAAUUAGGAUUACCAUGGUUAAGUAACGUCAAACCAAUUGCUUGA